GUAUUAUAUAUAUUAAGUAUUGAUAUGGUUUCUUCUUGUGGAGUGUUGGGUUGCUCAUUAACUAAAAAAAAGCAACCAGAUAUCAGAUUUUUCAGACUUCCUGGAAUUAUUAAUUAUGACGAAGAGUCGCGCUCCCUUUCAGAGGAACGUAGAAGGAAAUGGUUAGCUUCAUUAAACAGAACUAAUUUAUCUCAAAAGCAGUUGUCAACAAUUGGUUCGACUUUACUUGUUUGUGGAAAACACUUUAUCAACGGAAAACCAGCAAAACUAUUUGAAAAAGAUUUUGCAGAUUGGGUUCCAACACUUUAUAUGAGUAGAGAAGGAGGGUUGAUGUCAUUAAAAUUAAAAGAUGAUUUAGAAUUAAAAGCAGAUAGAUUAAAACGACGUAAAAAAAGAAAAACAAUGCAAAUUUAUCAAGUUAUUGAUAAUAAAAGAAGUAAAUUUGACAAAGAUGUUGAAGAAGUUGAAAUCAAUUUAUUCCAAGAAGUUCAUCAGAAGUCAGUAAAAAAAACAUAG